AUUUUUACGUGAUUUUGUCUAGGUCUGGGGCCCUUUGAAGUGUGAAAAUACAAUUGUAAAUGCCUUCAUAAUGUUACGUGAAUUUAGAGGGAGUGUACCGCAGAUAUGGUUCCACCAUGUUCGUCUUAAGCAUAAGUUUAACACAAAGUCAAAACGGCCUAAGGUAAUGGAGAGACGGGUAUUUGAGGCAGUCACAAAACCAAUUUUACCAGAAGAGAUACCUUACAUGAAAUUUUCCUGCAGGGAUCCGAAGAUGGCACAGCUUGAAGAAGAAAAUCCCUAUGAGCAGUUUUUGAUCAGACAGCUUAGGAAAACAGUAGAACAAAAUAAAACCAUUCUGAUAUGUCAUCGACAGCCCUGCAGCUCUGUACGUCUACGAGAAGUCAAGAUUGAUUUCAAAUUGAAAAAUAUAUAUCUUUACAUUUUAAACAACACUCAUAUGAG